AUGUUACGGUUAAACUAUACCUAUAAUACGGGUCUUCGGAUUACGACGUUAAAUGACAAACACUACGGACAUGAACUAACACCGGAGAACUAUGCAAAAAGUUGCAGCAAAAUACGACGUUCGAGCCCUAAGACACCGUCUUCCGAGAAAAAACCAGUAGUUUGGCGUAAUCAGCAACAGGGUUCAUUACGUGAAUCAAAAUAUGAAGGAUUGAAUAACACAUCGGUACUGAGCAACAUUCAAGAAAAUUCUUCAGAGACGAAUCUAAAUUCUUCAAACAGUGCACCAUCCUAUGAUGCACCGUUAUCAUCAUUGGCGUUGAAUGUUGCUUCACAAAUCAACAAAACACCAGCUACAAAUACAACAAAUUCAUCUGUAACCCUUACGAAUGGACAUCCAAUAACGCCUAUGGAUCUUUCUGUUGGCUCGAAUGGUAUAACACCGGAUUCUACAGAGGAAGCGGAUUGUUUCAUCCAGUCAUUGCAUUCGUUGCUAAGCCAAAAGAGUCAGUUGAGCGUCAAUGAAUACAACAAAAAGGUUGCAAUCGUGAAACACUGUAUUAUGCAAGAAUUCCCAAGUUGGAAUCCACAUGAUGGGCUCGAUGUAUAA